UUGCACUUUACGUUUCUGUCAAGUUUUGUUCAUAUAUAUUUAAUUAAGAAAUUGUAUAAAACAUGUCAUUGUUUAAAUGAAUGGAAUAGAAUCGCAGUGUUACCUCCAAAUGAAUCAGAUGACAUCAAACUAAACGGAAUCAACAGGAAUCAAUUUGUGGCACCUGAAAUCAAAGCGAAUGAAAUAGAAUCUCGGUGUUUCACGCUGAAUUGAAUCAAAAUCGAAUCAGACGUCUGUUCUGUUUGGUUCAACGUACACGUGACUCAUGCCUGAGUGCUCAGUGAGUCAUAGUUGUGAGUCAAAAGCUUUGCCUGAGCUCCUUUUCCAGUAAAAAGCCUUCAUGUUAUUAUGUGGAGGAAUUCACAAUACUCCAGGAGACACGUAACAUUACUGAAAUGUAGCAUGCGUUAUGAUCACAAAGCCCCACAGUAACCCUCAGUCAUCCCUCUCACAUGAUGUCACACGCAGGAGGUUAUUAAGGCUACGUUGUGUGUGCUGAUGUACGCUGUUCUGUACUCAGCAGAUUAGAGAUGAUGAUUAUGGACACACCUUUAUGGUCAGGUUACAGUUACAGGGCAGAGCUAAAAAAAUUACAUCUGGUAGCAUUGUAAUGUUUUCUCAUUCAUCACUGCGUUUUUCCGAGGUGAGUCCGCUCUGAUUUAACUAAACUCUCAUCGUGCCACAAAUAGAUGCUGAAGACGCUCUGAUUUAAAGACUGUAAGCAUUCGACUGACGUCUGGGUGGAUUCUGAGUUUGUAGGAUAUUAACAAGGCUGUUAUUGUAUUUCUGCAGGAACAAGAUGGGUAAGAAGCACGAGUGUUAUUUUCAGAACAGAUGGCUGUGGACAUCUCUGAUAGUUUCAGCAUUAAUGCCUGGAGUGGUUCUGGCCGGUGACUGGGUGGUCCAUGUUCCCGUUAACCCCAUCCUGGCCCCUCAGGGUUCCUCAGUGAUGCUCCCCUGCACUUACGACUUCCCUGACGAGUCCGGCUCCAGGCAAGUUCAGUCUGAGAUGUGGUGUCUGAACGAGAUUCAGUGCAUCACACCAGCCUAUGUGUACCACAGCGGCAGCAUCUUCCCCGAACCUGCGUACCGGGGCCGGGUCAAGUACCUGGGAUCGCUUGGCUCCAAGAACUGUUCUCUCAGGAUAAGCAACCUGAUGAUGAGUGACAGCGGUGUUUACGUGUUCCGCUUCAUAACUAACCACCCUGUGAGCAAACUGCCGAGGCAGAGGGGCGUCACGCUGCAAGUGACAGAUCCCCCGGUGAACACGUCAGUGAAGGUCAGCAAUUCAGGCCAGAUAGCCCAGGGAACAUCAGUCACCCUGUCCUGCUCCAGCUUCACAGCCUCACAGCUGAUCACCUUCACAUGGUUCCAGAUGAACGGAACCACCACUUUAAGAGGAAGAGGAAGGAAGCUGACUAUAGAGCAUCUCACUUCUAAAGACAGCGGAAUGUACACAUGCAUGGCCCAGAACAUCUGGGGCUCACAGAAUGCUACAAUUAUACUCACCAUCCAUAAAGAAGAAGGAAGUAGCUCUACCUCCACUGCUGCUGUUGUGAUUUCGGUCAUCCUUGUGCUCACAUUAGUAGCCAGCAUUGUUGUUUGCACUAAAAGACGCGCUGCUUCAAAAUCAUUUCAGACGAUGCUUAACGAUGAUGGCAACCUCUGAUUACAGUGAAACUUCAGGAGGAGUGUGUUCUGUGUUCAUCUUCUGUGUUCAUAUUUAUUGACUUUACUCUAUAGAUAUACAGUUAUAUAUUACAGACUACAGUUAUAUGUCAUGUUAUUCUCUGAGAUUCAGUUGGGUAUGGAGUCCUGGCUGGAUGGUGUAAAAAUGGCAUGAUGUAGUAAUGACCCAAUGUUGUGAAAUAUAUAUAUAUAUAUAAAAUAUAUAACAAUACAGAUUUUAAAAAUUCUA